GGGCAGCCAGGCCUCCACAUGGGGGUCCAGACACUGUCAUCUCGGUGGCGUGAACCAAGAUAAGCAGAGCCCUCAGCAAGUUCAUGGUCCCUGAAGAAGCCUUGUUGUCCUGCUUCACUACUUGAGAGAGACAUGAGCAACAUGAAGAGGGAGAAUCAGAGCACUGUGUCCGAGUUCAUCCUUCUGGGGCUCCCCAUCCGUCCAGAGCAGCGGGGCCUGUUCUUUGCCCUAUUCCUGGGCAUAUACCUGACCACGGUGCUGGGGAACCUGCUCAUUAUCCUGCUCAUAAGGCUGGACUCGCGCCUCCACACCCCCAUGUACUUCUUCCUCAGCCAUUUGGCCUUAAGUGAUGUGUGUCUCUCAUCUGUCACUGUCCCUAAGAUCCUGACAAACAUGCACAGUGAUGACAAGUCCAUCCCCUAUGCAGCAUGCAUUUCCCAGACAUAUUUUUUAAUAUGGUUUGGUUGUUUUGAUGAUUUCCUUCUUGCAGUGAUGGCGUAUGACAGGUACGUGGCCAUCUGUCAGCCCCUCCACUACAACACCAUCAUGAGGCAGGAGCUGUGUGUCCUCUUAGGAGCUGGGUGCUGGCUCUUCAGCUGUCUCCACUCUCUGUUGCACACCCUGCUCUUGGCCCGACUCUCCUUCUGUGCUGACAAUACCAUAGACCACUUCUUCUGUGACCUCCCUACACUCAUGAAGAUCAGCUGCUCAGACGUCUCCAUCAAUGAGUUGGUCAUCUUCACUGAGGGAGGGGUGAUCAUCCUCUCGCCUUUUAUUGGCGUCGUUGGCUCCUAUAUCCGGAUUUGGACCACUGUCCUCAAAGAACCCUCUGCCAAGAAAUUUUUCAAAGUCCUUUCUACCUGUGGCUCCCACCUCCUUGUUGUUGCUUUAUUUUAUGGGACCCUUACAGAAGUUUACCUGUUCUCUUCAUCCAGAGAGGAAAACAUAACUGGUUCUGUGAUGUAUAUGGUUGUCACCCCUUUGCUGAACCCCUUCAUCUACAGCCUGAGAAACAGAGACAUGAAACGUGCCCUGGAAACACUUGUGAAUCGGGCUAAGUUCCUUAUGUCAAAAGAUUCAAGAUGAAUAUGUUAAUAAACACUCUCUACUGACAUACACCAAUUUAAUCCACCAGACUGAGUAAUGAUUCUGACAUUUGCUUAGCAAUUCUUGGAGUAGAUGAUGCCUGAUUGCUACGUCACAUAUUUUGGGGUAGGAGACUAGGGAAGACAUGAAGAGGCAGGAAUGAGGAUGGAAAGUCCUUCAGUCCUACCAGCUCCAUGAAAUCCCUGCCUUUCUUCCCUUUGCUCCUCACAGUCCAUGGAAGGAGAGAUUCAGAAAGAAUAUCGUA